AGCGCAUCAGGCCAUGACCUCGCGAGUCAUGUGACUACAUCUGACUAUAAAGCAGCAGUUCUCUCCCGUGCCAGCAGGCUCUGGCAGGAGAUAGUCCUCUGUAAAGUUUCUUUUAGGAGAAACCUUUGAACUUGAGAGAACAGCAAUGACACACUGGGUAUCUACCUCUGGAUGCAAUAUCCCAGAUAAUGCGAUACGUGCCGGGUACGAGAAGGACGGAAGACCUUUGUAUAUCGCCCGGGCCAAAAUGGAGUGUACUGAAACUGCCGGUAAAUGUGCACCCCACCUUGGAGGAGCACAUAUCCCGUACGAUGGUGAGGAGAAAAUAGUCCAUAACUACGAGGUCCUAGUGUACUCGAUCAAAGACCAAGGAUUCGUAGACUGGCAAAAAGCUUCCAAUGGUAAUGUACCCUGCAACGCUGUCAAAACGGACAACGACAAGUAUGUGGGACGGGUUUUUGCCUUUGGAAGUCUGAUCCCGUGUAAGAUCGACACCGCGUGCAAUCACAUGUGUGCCUACAUGGGUUAUGACGGGAAAGAACACAACACGAAGGAUUAUGAAGUCCUCUGUAACAUCAAGUAGUUGGAAGAGACGACUGCAAACAAAUAGCCGAAGUUUCACCUAUAUUUCGCAAAAAUUGAUGAUCUAAAAUAAAACUUCCUCCUUGUUUUUAUCGCACAAUAUUUUGGCAAAUUUAUUCUUUUCUUUAAUAAAUUCUUUUUUUAUGUCA